AUGCUGCUUCCAAACGCAAUAGAACGAAAAAACAGCCACAUAUGCGCGUGGAUCUGCGUGGAUCCAGGAGCCGUGUCUGCGACGUUUGGUUGUCGGCGUCCGCAGGCGGCCCAACCCCUCGGCAUGGUUCACCAUCACAGGAACGCCAGGGCACGUAAGGACACGUUUCAUCACCUACACUUCACAAGAGAACUGAGCUCCAUCCACAGAUUCCUCCAUGCCAUCGUUCUAGAGGUUCAAAUCCACGGACUGACGGGCGGACUCUCCUGCGUGGAUCCAGGAGCCGUGUCUGCGGCAUUUGGUUGUCGGCGUCCGCAGGCGGCCCAACCCCUCGGCAUGGUUCACCAUCACAGGAAAGCCAGGGCACGUAAGGACACGUUUCAUCACCUACGCUUCACAAGAGAACUGAGCUCCAUCCACAGAUUCCUCCAUGCCAUCGUUCUGGAGGUUCAAAUCCCGCUUCGAUAUGCUGCACUGGCGUUCUCAAGGCGUUCUACCAUUCUCACAUCAUGA